UUCUGAUCAGUAAAAUAACAUAACACAGCGGGUGGAAAGACCCAACACUAUUUACUACAGCAAACGGACUAGCUUCGUUCUGGCUCAGAUGGCGGCGCCGGGCUCAGAUGGCGGCGGCGGAGGGACGGCGGAGGCUACGGUGGCCAAGCAGAUCUCGCAGGUGGUGCAGUCCACCUCCAACCUCCUCCAACUUAUGCAGCAUUCUUCUCUUGCCCAGGCUCAAUUGGUUAAGCUUCCUAAGAACCUUUUGACGAAGGUUCCUACCAUCAAGAACACUGAGCAGGUUUUGGAGCAGUUGCCUGGGGUGAUAUCAUCUCUGGAUGCACAUAUGGAGAAUGGGUUACAAAAUGUUCCACAUCUAAAGACUGUGGUUCAGGUACUUUCAAAUAUGGAAAGUACCCAGCUUAUCUCGCAAUCCUGACCCCAUCCUCUCCAGAAGGAACUUGAACCAGGAAGCCAAUCUCAAGGGACCAGUUAAAGAAACUUGUGUUGCUUAGGAGUUUCACCCGCGAUCAAUUCAUGCAGAGUUUUCGGAAGGUUUGGAACUGAGACCUGCUGUAUUUCCUUCUUGCAGUCUUCCUGCAAAUCAAAUAACAAAAUGCUGUUCCAUCUUCUGAUAAAGUGCAUGGUUAAUUGGUUAUUCAACCGAGAAACAUGUUAUAUUGGUGACACUAUGCCCAAGUUUCAGAUUGAGAAUCUUGUCCUAAGAAUUCAAGGUUAGGCUAUUAGUUGAUUGAUGAUGAUUGACUUUCCGUAUUCUGUAAUGUAUGUCCAUUCAUUUUCUGCUUGUGCAUUUUUGUUUUUAAUCUUGCCAAAUGUUAUGUUCAAAGUGAUGUAUCUUUUAUUUAAAUCACUUUAGUUUUACUAGCUAUGGAAUGUACCAUUUUCAAAGCAGAGUAAAAACCACUACUCCUAUGAUGGCACUUCUACU